GCACAGAGAAGUACCCUGUCCAUCUGGGAGGAGGUGAAGCUUAAGUUGAGCCUUGAAGGGCAAAUGAGAAAGAGGAACUUCACAGAUGCAGAAUGAAUCGGGUACAGAAGUAAACAAGCCAACCAAGAACUUCAGAGACACAUGAAAAGGGACUGGAAACGAGACCGGCCAAAGCCCCAGGUGCCUUGAAGGUUAUUCAAGAGUGGAUCUUACCUGUGAAGUCAUAGGAUGCCACUGGAGAAUCCAAACCAGUCGCUGGCAUGAGAGGCUUUCUUUUCUCCAAGCUCACCUGGUGGCAGUAGAGGUAAGAAGAAAGGAGGCUUUGAAUCUGACUGAGAGGCAUUUUAAUAAUGCAGAAUUGUUGAUGCUGAAACAGGGAAGUACGUGAGGAUGAAGCAGAAGAAAGUGACUAGAAAGUUAUUUGGAAAGGAAAACAUGUUGAUUAAUAAGCUGUGAGGGGCUGGGCAAGAUGGCGCCUGCCAAUAAAUUCAGCACAUAGGUAUCAAAAACAGAUCCACCAAGAGUUCAAGGCCAAUCUGGGCUGAGCAUCAAGACUGAAGUGGAAAAAGAAACAUUGAAAAAAAGAGUGACUAGCAAGCUGCCAGCACUUUCCUCAAAUCAAUAUUGGCUAAAACGAUCCCAUUCAAGCAACAGAAGGCAUUGAAUUCUUGGGCUGGGCGUGUAGCUCAGCAGUAGAGCAUUUGCUUAGCAUGUGGACUUCUCUCCAGGGCUGUGAUACGCAACUCCCCUGUCCAAUACCCACCACGCCCUCCUUGGAGCAAAGGAAGAUGGGCAAGGUUCCGGCAAAUGUAUUAUGUUGGCUUUCUGAAGAUACUGAGUUCCGGCAUUUUAGUAGUGCAAGAGUUGCAUAGCAUUCAUUGGCAGUUGAUGCUUCUCAGCAAGAUGUAUCACCAGAGAACCUUCAUGUACCGCAAACAGUGGCAGCAUCUCACGCUUUAUGCGGCCUUCUUUCUGAGUGGGUGUGUGGACGUGGUCAGCCAGAACCUGCUGCCCAAGAGGUGCAUAGUUCUGGAGCAAGGUGCCCAGGCGUUGAGCAUGUGUCUCCUUUUGCCCCUGAUGGUGUCUCAUAUGCAGGACACAGAAGGAGUGGAGCUCCGCACGCACACACUGCUCAUCCAGGCCCUGUUUCUGCUGACCCUGGUGCUGAUGGUCGAACUGUGGGCUCCCGACGUGCUGCUGAUCUGGAUGCUGAAGGCCUUUCUGUACCUUGUCACGGGCUCCUGGCUGAUGCAGAUAGGCUUCAUGCUGUACAGACCAGUGUCUGGCUAUCAGUGGAUGGACGAUGACAAACAUGACAUAGCGUUUGCCACCACUUUCUUCUGCUGGCAUGUGGCCUUCGGUGCCUUCUUGAUGAUCUGGACCUACGGCUGCUCCGUUGUGUGGCAUUGCUACCUCAUCGCUGAUGCCUGACCCUGGACGCGCCCACGUGCUUUGAUGUCCCUGCAUGCUCCCAAGACAUCUGAAUGACAAGUAGUGAGGGGAAGGUGCCGUAAAGGAGGCUCAGGCACCCUUCAGAGGUGCCCCACCUUGAGACAGCAGACUGGUGGGUUGGGUAUACCUCUGGCUUCUCUUCAUCUAUUUUGCUGAGGGUGCAAAGAAAGGAAUAAAGCAAGAAAGGCCCUCUUUGACCUUCACUCUUAGCUUCCUGCAUCCCUCUCCUGUUCCCACCUCCAACCACAGCACCUGCUUGUCCUGCACCUCUUUGCACCUCCUCUCUUCCCCCCUCACUCCCCACCCGUAAGAACAUAACAAAUAUAUGGCACCACACCUUUGGAACCUUUGGUAAAUAUCUUUUACUUCAUCACAUAGAACAUUAAUCAGAAGCCACACUUAGCACCUCCUUGCUCAGCCAUCAUAAUAACCAUCUCCUCAUCGUUUCUUGUCCUGGACUUCUGUGAGGCUCAUUCCGGAUCCAGGCUGUCGUUUUGGCAGUGUGAAGCUCAGAACUGAUCCUGGUUCUUUCCACUUUGUGAUUUGUCUGACUAGAAGUCAGACCCUUGUGAACAGCACCUUCCUCCUCAGGGUCUGGAAGAAUGCAGUGACCCCCAACAGCCACAGGGGACUCCCCAGGCAUGGUCAGGUUCUUCUCCUCAGCAUCUUCUCCCAUUGCCUUAGAUUCAUCUCAAUCAGUUUCCAAAUAGCAGACUUGCCUGAUCUCUCUGGUUUCCAUGGAUAAUAAAGUCUAA